GGCUGUGACGUCAUUCAGCAGAAGAGAGCAGUGCUGGCACGUCGACGCAGAAAGCCGCGAGCAGGACGCUAAUAAGUCAGUAUUAUUAUUUGUUUUCCAGUUUAAAAUAUUAACGUCGUAUAAAAUACAUCUUUGAUUCUUUAAUUAAGGAUAAAGUCGUUUCGAUGCGCUAGAAGCACUGUGCCGCUUCUCGUGCUAUCUUUGCUUGUUAGUUAGCUUAGCUCGCUAGUUAGCUUAGCUAGUUAGCUGCUAACGGAAGACACAGAAGUUAUCAACACAUCGCUAAGUAGAGAUCAAGUGUGAGAGUAAAGUCUUGUGAUUGUGUGAAAAUGUCUACAUUACAAAUGUUGAGAGCGUUGGUGGAUCAGCGACUAACUGCUGCCGUUGAAGAAAUAUUUGUAGUGUUAGAAAGAACAAUAGCAGAAUACGAGGCGGAAAUUUCUAGAACAAAGGAGGAAAACUAUCAACUACUGGACGUUCUUUUCACGAAACAUCAAGUUGUGUUACACAGAACAGACCUCGAUGAAGAAGAUCUUCCUCAUGAGCAGGAGGAGGGACCACAGUCCCCCCACAUACAUGAGGAAGAAGAUGUACCACAUUCCCAUCACGUUAAAGAGGGAGGGGAGGGGCCACAGCCCCCCCACAUUAAAGAGGAAGACGAGACGUCACAGACCCAUAGUGUUAAACUGACCCUUCACAUUAAAGGGCAAGCGGAAGAACCACUGAAUUUACACAUCAAAAAUGAAGAGGAGGACCCACUGACCCCUCACUUUAAGGAGCAAGAGAACCCGCUGACCCCUCACUUUAGAGAGGAAAAGGAGGACGCACUGAACCCCUACUUUAAAGAGGAAGAGGAGGACCAGGAGCUGUUGCACAUUAAAGAGGAAGAGGAGGAACACCGCAUCAGUCAGCCUAAAUGUUUGGAGGAGUUCCCAGUGACUGGUGUCCCUGUGAAGAGUGAAGAUGAUGAGGUCAAAGGUGAAAGUGAGGAGAGGGGAGGGGGGGAGCCUCCAAGCAGCAGCUCAACACAACACAUGACAACAGAAGCUGAUGGAGACCACUGUGGAGGAUCACAAGCAGACAAGCUCUUAGCUCCACUAUCAGAUAGUGAGGACACAACGUCACACUCUCCUGACACUGAUGAUGAAGACUCUAAAGAUGAUAAGACAUGUCACACUGACAACACACACUUCAAAUGUUCUCACUGUGACAAAACCUUUAAAUACCAUUGUCGUCUGAAAAGACACAUGAGAAUACACACCGGAGAAAAAGCUUUUAUCUGCUCAGUAUGUGACAAAGGUUUUGGACUACGUCAAAACUUGAUAAGACACAUGAGAAUACACACCGGAGAAAAACCUUUCAUCUGUUCAAUAUGUGGUAAGUGUUUUACAGUAAGUCAGAAAUUGAAAAGACACAUGAGAACACACACUGGAGAAAAACCUUUUUCCUGUUCAACCUGUGGGAAAGGUUUUAAAGAAAGUCAGCAUUUGAAAAGACACAUGAACACACACACUGGUGAAAAUUCACAUUCCUGUUCAAUCUGCAACAAAAGCUUUUGUGACCGAUCAAACCUUGUAGCACACAUGAGAAGACACACAGGAGAGAAAGUGUUGAGUUGCAGUGUGUGUGGUGAAGGAUUCUCUUAUAAGUACCAGUGUAAGAAACACAAGUGUGCUGGUGAGAACAGCAGCAGCAAAUGAAACUGCAGGAUUUGAAAUAAACCGUCAAAACUUUAAUUUUGACUUUUUAACAACAUCAGCAAAUAUGUGUGUGACAUUGUUGUUUGUGUAACAAUCUUUUUAAUAUGCUUCUAAAUAUAUUAUUGUUUUUUUCAGUCAAGUACGUGAAUUAGUAUGCAAUCAAAGUUCAGAGUGUCAGGCAAAAGCCAAUAUUGUACAUCAUCCCACAGAGGUUUACUGUACAUAGAUUCAUAAAAUAAACUGGUUAUUUUGUUUCCCUAUCACAGAACGAAAAA